GGGGGACGGCGGUUACCUUCGCCGUGGGGCCUACAGACAGCAGGAGCGCUCCUCCAACUACUGAGCCCCACACAUCGCGCCUCUGCCCCACGGAUGGGGCCUCUGCCCCAUAGAUGAGGCCUCUGCCCCAUAGAUGAGGCCUGUACCCCAUAGAUGAGGCCUCUGUCCCAUAGAUGAGGCUUCUGCCCCAUUGAUGAGGCCUCUGUCCCAUGGCUCUGCCCCACACAUCGCGCCUCUGCCCCACGGAUGGGGCCUCUGCCCCAUAGAUGAGGCUUCUGCCCCAUAGAUGAGGCCUCUGCCCCAUAGAUGAGUCUUGUACCCCAUAGAUGAGGCCUCUGUCCCAUGGCUCUGCCCCACACAUCACGCCUCUGCCCCACGGAUGGGGCCUCUGCCCCAUAGAUGAGGCCUGUACCCCAUAGAUGAGGCCUCUGCCCCAUAGAUGAGUCUUGUACCCCAUAGAUGAGGCCUCUGUCCCAUAGAUGAUGCUUCUGCCCCACAGAUGGGGCCUCUGCCCCAUAGAUGAGGCCUCUACCCCAUGGCUCUGCCCCAUAGAUGAUGCUUCUGCCCCAUUGAUGAGGCCUAUGCCCCAUAGAUGAGGCCUAUGCCCCAUAGAUGGGGCCUCUGCCCCAUAGAUGAGGCCUCUACCCCAUGGCUCUGCCCCAUAGAUGAGGCCUCUGCCCCACAGAUGGCGGCUCUGCCCCAUAGAUGAGGCCUCUUCCCCAUGGCUCUGCCCCACAGUGGUGACUCUGCCCCACAUCUAUGGGUCCCACCCCACAUCUGUGUGCCUGCCCCACAUCUAUGGGUCUGCCCCACAUCUAUGGGUCCCACCCCACAUCUAUGGGCCUGCCCCACAUCUAUGGGUCCCACCCCACAUCUAUGGGUCUGCCCCUCAUCUAUGGGUCCCACCCCACAUCUGUGGGUCUGCUCCACAUCUAUGGGUCCGCUCCUCAUCUAUGGGUCCCAUCCCUCAUCUGUGGGUCUGCCCCACAUCUACGGGUCCCAGCCCACAUCUAUGGGUCUGCCCCACAUCUAUGGGUCCCAGCCCACAUCUAUGGGUCUGCCCCACAUCUAUGGGUCCCACCCCACAUCUAUGGGUCUGCCCCACAUCUAUGGGUCCCAAUGUGUCCCUAUGGGUCUGCCCCACAUCCAUGGGUCCCAACGUGUCCCUAUGGGUCUGCCCUACAUCUAUGGGUCCCAAUGUGUCCCUAUGGGUCUGCCCCACAUCUAUGGGUCCCAACGUGUCCCUAUGGGCCCCACAUCUAUGGGUCCACCCCACACUUAUGGGUCCCAACGUGUCCCUAUGGGUCCCAAUAUGUCCCUAUGGGCCCCACAUCUAUGGGUCCGCCCCACACUUAUGGGUCCCACACACCGGAAAUCGCUUUGGAAUCGUUUUUAUUCCCCCCCCCCCCCCAAAUUCACACAAAAUUGGGGAAAAAACACCCAAAAAAACCCCACAAAAUACCCCAAAGUGCAGAAAUGGCCCCAAAUCCGCCACCCCGACAACAAUGUGGGGCUCUGCCCCACAAGUGGGGGUCUGAGCCCCCCCAAGUGGGGGUCUGUGCCCCAUAGCAGCAAGCUUAGCCCCAAAGUGGGGCUCUGUGCCCCCCAAGUGUGGGUCUGUGCCCCAUAG